AUGGCCGGCGCCCAAUGUUUCAGCAUCGAAUCCGACGGCAAGAUAGUGUUCGACGCCUCGCAAGGUUUCCGCGUCACAAUGGACAUUCUCGAGCUCGCCCCCAGCGAGUGCGUCGAACGCAUCCACGCUUGGGUACCCCUAGGUGAAGGGUCCCUCGCGUCCAUGUCGGACUUGGUGCUGUUACGGGCCGUGACGGUGGCUGAUCGUGGUAGUGAUGGUGAUAUCUUGGACUUCAAUUGGCUGUUGUCGAGGGUGGUGGAGAUGGGUUACCCGUUCCCGGAAGUGGACGACGGGGAGCUCGAGUGGUUAUGCAUGGCUGUCGAGGUGUGUUUUGGUGGAGUCGUGGGUCGUUUGGUGCUUGCUGCAGUUCUUGGCAGCAAUAAUGCCGCCGGUGUGCGGCAUCUUUUGUCGUCUGUAUGA